AGCAGCAGCAGCAACAUCAUCUCCACCAUCACCAACAGCAGCAGCAACAACAGCAGCAGCAGCAGCAACAACAAAAUGCCCGUUCGGCAGCUAGUCCCCUAUCCCCACCACGACCCGGUCCCGGCUCAGCGGCCGCCGCCAACACGUACGCCAAGUACGCGGAGCUUAAUGCGGUGCGGGAAGCGCCACAUCCUUAUAUCCAGCAAAGUACGUAUGGCAUCGGUCCGGGCGCGCAGUACCGCGACAACCCCUACACGCGAAUACCUCAAAUGGCGCCAGACUUCCAACGCGCCGCGGCAGCUGCUGCAGCAGCAGCGGCUGCUGGCGGUGGCACCGGUAGCGCACAGGUACCGACCGGUGUUGUGCAAGUACCGGGCGGCGGUUUACAGCCGCCACCACCCAGUGUCGGUAGCGCAGCCCACAUUGAAGCUUUGCAUUUCGCGCACCAACAGCAGCCGCCAUCAGGACAACCAACGGCCAACGCAACACAUGUGCUCAGCGGUGGUGCUGGCGCUGGAGGUGGCGCAGGCAGUGGCGGUGCACCCUCACCCCUUAAUGCCAAUACUGCAGCUGGCAAUGCCAGCCUAAUACGUCAGCGCAUUAUACUGCCAGCGCAUGCGCACUAUUCCAGCGAGUAUCUGGCGAACGCUAACGCCGUUGCAGUGGCGAACGCGCGAAACCAGCAACAUCAACAGCAGCAGCAGCAGCAACAACAACAGCAUCAGCAUCAGCAGCAGUUGCAUCAGCAGCAGCAGCAACAACAACAACAGCAGCAUACGCAUACGCAGCUGCCACAGGCGCCACCCGAUCCAGGAGGACAACCGUACAAGAAAAUGCGGAUGGGCGAUGUGACGGCGAAUUCAGUCAGCAACACGAAUCACCUGCCACCUAAAGUAGCGAACGCCGCCGCGCAGCAGCAGCCGCGUCAGCCAUCACCAGCAGCUGCCUCGCUAGCUGCCGCACAACAGCAGCAACAGCAACUAAUAGCUGGCGGAAGCCUACGCAACAGCGCAGCACAAAUGAUGCAGCAACCCGUUCCACACUCGCAUUUGACCGUGGUGUCCAGUAGCCACGUGGCGCACUCCCAGCCACCGCCCGCCGCGAUGCAGCAGCUGAAGGUGGAAACACAGCCGCCGUUGUUGCAGUCAGCGGCCGCGCCGCCUACAAAUCGCAGCAUGUCGGGAACCGUGAUGGGAAGCAGCAGUAAUAUUGGUAAUGUGGGCGUUGGCGUCGGCGUAGGCGUGGGCGCGGGCAUGGGCGUCAUCAAUGCGACACCAAAUGCGUCCGCAAUGAUCGCAAGCGCUGGGGCAGCACCACCACCACCACCACCGACGAAAAGCUCUUCAUCCUCAUCAGAAGGCUACCAUCCGCAAGUAGAAGCCAUCUCACCUACACUGCCAAGCGACAAUGUCGAGGAGCGCGGUAGCGCUGUAACCGAAGAUCUGCUGACGCAAAUACAGAAAGUAGAUGCGGAGAUACAGAGCGCCGAAAAUACGAUGGACACACUACGCAAGCAGGAGAAAGGCCUCAAGGACAAGGUCGCACUGAGCAAGCAACAGCGUGAGCAAGAUCUGCUUGCCAACGAGAACGACGAUGCGGUGAAGAUGGAGCAUACAUGGCGUUUGCAGACGCUGGCACAGAAAAUUUACGAGGCGAACCGUAAGACGGCCGCCGCGCGACAUUCCAUACUCAGCCAUUGCGGUGAUCGCAACAUUUUACCGUUGUAUAAUCAGCCGUUGGACGUUGAGAUGCUGACGACGCUGAUCAAGCGACAUCACACGACGAUACGCACACCGCUGAUGGAGCACAUCUGCAAGCUGAAGCACGAGCGAUGGACCCACAAUACGGGGCUGGUGGAGACAUACGCGCAGAUGUCGAGUGAGUGGCAGAAGCGCGUGGAGAAGUCGGAGGGUAGCGCGAAACGAAAGGCGCGGGAGGCUAAGAAUCGAGAGUUUUUCGAGAAGGUCUUCACGGAGCUGCGAAAACAACGCGAGGAUAAGGAGCGCUUCAAUCGCGUCGGCUCGCGCAUCAAGUCGGAGGCUGACUUAGAAGAAAUCAUGGAUGGUCUUCAAGAACAGGCAAUGGAGGAUAAGAAGAUGCGCUCCUACGCUGUUAUACCGCCGUUAAUGUUUGACGCGCGUCAGCGUCGCUGCGUCUAUUACAACGAGAACGGCUUCAUUGAGGACAUGGUGGCGGUGCAUAAGGAGCGGCAGACGUUGAACGUGUGGACCGCGGGCGAAAAGGAGAUUUUCAAGGAGAAAUUCCUACAGCAUCCGAAAAAUUUCGGCGCCAUUGCCGCCAGCUUGGACCGCAAGUCGGCACAGGACUGCGUACGCUACUACUACCUCAGCAAGAAGACGGAAAACUACAAGCAGUUGCUGCGCAAGUCGCGCCAACGCACUCGCUCAUCACGCAACCCGCAAAAGUUGCAACAGCAACAGACACAGUGCAUUAUCGACUCGUUGACAACGGGUGUGACAACGCGUUUGCAGCGUGAACAACAGCAGAAGACUGGUGGGCGCUCGGCGGCGGCGGAACGAGAACGUGCCGAACGGGCUGAGCGUGCGGCCGAGCGUGCAGCAGCGGAUGCGGCGAAGGCGGCAGCGACCGCACAAGUCAAAUCCACCAGCGGUAAGGGAGAUGGCAGCAAUGCUGCUACUGCGGCAACGGCGGAAACGACGGCCGAUACGACUGAAGUAGCCAAAGGCAAAGCGACAGCUGGGCCUGAAGCCGCUACACAAAAAUCCAACAUCAACACGUCCAAUAGCAGCAACAGCACCACCGCAACAAGUGGCACUACUACAAGCACAUCAGUGCCGCCAAAAGCUGGCGAAGUUGAAAAAGCUUCGUCCGCCGAAAGCUCAUCAGCAACAGCAGCUGCAGCUGGUCAGCAAACAACAGAUGCACCAACCGAUGCAGCGCAAAGUGGCACAGCGGCGAAAGCGAAAGCCGACGAGAUAUCAAAUGCCAGCAAAGCGAAUGCUACAAGCACAAUUGCAGACGCGGCAUCAACCACCAAUGCGCCGACGACAACCAGCAGCAAUGUUACCAGUGCAGAUGAGAGUAGAAAAAAGCUCGCAACAACUUCCGGCGGCGCUGGCGCAGUCGUGGCGAAUAACGAAGCGGAAGCGGAUAGUAAAAAGUUGGCCGAUGAAAAGCACGUCGUUAGCAGCAGCAGUAACAGCGGCGGCAACACUGCGCCAACAUCGGGCGGCAUCAGUAAUGUCAACGCCGCCAAUGCCGUGUCUGGCAGCGUGACGCAGCAUCCACCCGGCACCACACCGAAUGGCAUUAAAACCAUUUAUGCCGCCUCAAUGGCACAGGCGGUGGCGGCAGCAGCGGCCAAUGAAGAUGUAAAAAUGAUUGCUGUAGGCGAUAAGAUCGGCACAGCAGCAGCAGCAGCGGGAGCAGUAACUGCCAGCAGCUCGGGCGUAAACGCGAUGGAUGCUGGCGGUAACAACAAGCUGGGCAGCGGUAACAGUGUGGCCACGCCCACUACCUCAACAACCGCUGGCAAUUUUCUUGGGCAGAAACUCAAGGCGGCGCAAGUGGAAGGCAUUGGCGCCGGCAACGUUGGCAACUCAGAUGUUAGUGAUCCAAAACGGAAGCGUCUCGACGUUACGUCGAACGCAGAUGCUUCUAACGCAAACUCCUCCUCCUCUACCAACACCACCAACACGAAUAACAACAACAACUCUUCCUCCUCCAUAUUAUCCAACUCCACUACGAAUCUACACGCGCUUAGUGCUAAUCCUGCCAAUCGUAUUAGCAACAAUAGCAGCAACAACAACAACAUUGCGCAAACUGGCGCUGGGUUGGCAGCGGCAGCGGCAACAGCAGGUGCAAUUACAACAACACUUGUUGGUGUAACGCUUACAACAACGUUGACCACAAAUAGCGCGACAGCGACGCCAGGCAGCGGUGCUGUGAGCAUCAAUGCCGCGCCAACAUCAAUAACGCUUACAACAACGACUGAAGGCAACAAUGCCAUCGAUGGUAAAGAUAAACUGGCCACAUGUUUCGUUUGCAAAGCGGAGGCCUGCCCGCGCACGCGUCCCCUCAAAAAGGGUCGCGGCCAACAGUACGGCAUUCCAGAUGAUACAAUACCGGCAGGUGCGCGUGUCUGCAACUCGUGCCAAUGCAAAUCGGUACGUAAUCGCUAUACGAACUGCCCCAUUCCGACGUGUCCGAAUCCGAAAGAUCGCGCCAAACGUCUACACAACAUUCCGCCACGUCUAUUUGAAUUUGCUCCCGAAAUCCGAGAUCCCAUCUUUCAGGAGUUCCAAAUACCACCACAGUCGACACGUUGCUGCUCGGCCUGCCUAAUGCGUAUACGCCGCAAAUUAGAUCUUGAUCCUCAUAUAACGCUGACGGACGAAGAUCGUCGCAUGGAUUGCGAUGAAUCAGAUGUGAGCACCUCGUCGUGUGAUGAGCGCGAAGUUGGCGGCAGUGAUACUGCUUCGGUGGAGAGUCCCGAAUCGCAGCGACAUAACUCAAUGACAAAGGAUGUGCAGAAGCCGCAGACACCGAUUGUGGUGAGCGUCGCCACAAAUGCAGCCGAUACUACAACGGUGACAAUAACUGCCGCCGGCAUUAAGGCUGACGAACGUUUGCUGCCACCUUUGGGACAGGCGCCGAAAAAGCAAAAGACCUCGGAGGAGUAUGAUUCGUCUGCUACGGAGACAGCGGAUGAGGAGAAUGAGAAUUCGCCAGCGAACCGUCAAAGUCCAAAGGUUAUACUGAACAGCGGCAGUGGUGUGGGUGCACAGGGUAGCGGCGUUGGCCUCGGCCCACCAAUGGCGAGCGCCCAACAAGUUCAUAUGGGACAGCAGAAUGGUCCACCGCAACCGCAGCAGGUAAUGUCUCUACCGCCACGCGAACAAACCGGUGCGAAUGUACAAGAUGUGUUGUAUUCGGUAAUUGAGCUGUCGCUCAAGACGAAGGGUCCACCACCAGCUAAAAUGCCCUCACAAAUGUCGAAUGCGUCGUCUAUGCAUGGCCUGAAACCCAACAUGGAACCACUACGUAGUCGCGGUGAUCUCAGCAACAAUAAUAACAACUCUAACAACGAUGUGACUAUAGUCGGCGAAUUCCGCAAUGAUGGUUCCAUAGUGAAGCAGCAGGCACAUGGACAGCCGAUAGGCUUAAGCGCGCGCCAAUCCAACGCAUCUGCAGUUAAUUCGGGCCAAGGUCCACCGGGUAGUCAAGGUCCACCUGGCGCUGUGGUACAUCCGGAUAGCUUGGCCACGAUAUCUGUGGUGAACUCCCAUCUGCCACACCAGCAUCUGCCACCACAUGGCAUGCUGCAUCAGCAUGAGAUCAAGGCAACUAUAACGCCCGUGGUGAAGUCUGGUAAGACGCCAACACCGACGCCUCAGCAGCCGCCAGACUCUAUCCGAUACACCAUGCCCGCUGUCGCCGUGCAGCAGCAUCGCAACAACGAACCCGAACCACAAACACUUGACCUCUCAAUUAAGAAACCAGCGCGAGAUGGUCCUUCGCCUCACUCUUCGUCCAGCGGCGUGAACUCCUCUAGCAACGAUAAUGGACCUCGCCAUCAGCCACCACCAGGCGCAGUAAAGCAUGUCGGCAACGCCGCAUCUAUGUAUCGUGGUCCAGAAUUGGGCCCGUCGAACCCAACGUAUCUAUACCAUCCACAUCCAGCGACCGUAGGCAAGGGACCGCAUGGCUCUGUCUAUAUGCCGCAAGUACCUGUACCCAUUCCUAUAACGCAAGCAGGUGUGGGCGCACGAUCUCAAGCGACCGGUGGGCAACCGCCCCCGCAACAACCGCCACCAUCCACGCACCAGGCCCAUAUGCAGCUGCCACCGGGUGUGGUGAGCAACAGCAGCAAAGUAGGAGGUGCCAAAAUGGCGCCCAAGCUGAGUCCACAGCUGAUACAUGGUCCGUCGUCACACGGCACAACGGCAUCACCAUCACAACAGCAGCAGCAACAACAGAUGAUGGUGGGUCCUAAAGGUUCCAUAACACACGGAACUCCGGUCAAUAAUGCCCAACAGAUAAUCGUACACUCCUCGCCUGCGACACUGAGCCCUAAAUUCGACAGCAUCUUGCGUCAAACUCCACCGUCCGGCAGCGAUGCGGGCAACAAACUUGGCUCCAUCACACAGGGCACACCCAUACAUCUGCCUUCACAUCAUAUGGAGAGCAAACGUUCGUACGAAUACUACAAAUCGUCGCAGCGUCAAAGCCCUGCACAACAGCAGCAGAUGCCAGUGGUCGGGCAUCCAGGGGUGUUGCCGCCACCGCAACAGUCAUCGCCUCAGGCCCCACCGCCGCAGGGCUAUGGCGCCAAUUCCCCGUACGCACGCUCACCCUACUCCGUUGACCAGUCGCCGGUACUGAGUACGCGUCAAAUUGUCUUGCAUGACUACAUAACCUCACAGCAGAUGCAGGGCCAACAACGAAACGUAUCGCGUGGCAGCAGCAACAGCGCGGGAGGCGGCGGUUCAGACAAAGAGUCUCCAUCGCCACGCAACAGCGUCAGUGGUCCCGGCAGCGCGCUGGUAUUCUACGACAAGGAGCGUGGACGCACCGAAUACUCGAGUCGGGCCUCGCCCGCUGAGCAUGUCAACAGUACGCCCAGUCCCCAUCGCACACCACCGCCACCACGGCAAGGUGUCAUACAGCGUCACAAUACUGGCUCAAAGCCACCCUCGCCAGCAACGAUACCCCAGAAUCGCCUGCACGUGAUGCCGCACAACUAUCCGCCAGCUGGUCACGACGCCUUCUCUUCGUUUGUCGAUGUGGCCGUACAACAGCCACAAUUGCCGGUGCCAUCGCAGCAGAAGGAAGAAAAGCAACUCCGACACGAUGCGCCACCGCCACCACCACAUCAACAGCAUGCGCCGAGCACACAACCGCCGCACGCGCAACAUGAGAUACGCUACCAAAUGAUGCAGCUUAACUAUCAUCAACAGCAGCGAGCAGCCGCGGUAGCUGCAGCAGCUGCUGCACAACAACACCACCAGUACCGGCAACAAGCGGCGGCAAGUGCUGCCGCCAAUGCGGAUCUCCAGCGACGCAUGCACGCGAUCGAACGAGAUCGAGAUCUGCAGCAGAAGCGACAAGAGCGUGAUAGAGAACGCGAGCGUGAGAAGGAACGUGAGCGUGAACGUGAAAGAGAACGAGAGCGUGAACGCGAACGUGAGCGCGAGAGGGAACGUGAAAGAGAGCGUGAGAGAGAGCGGGAGCGUGAGCGCAUGGUGGAAUGUAUAGCGGCGAAUGAGCGCGAUGCGGCAGGACGUCGCAUGACGGAGCGAAUGAGUGCGGUAGCAGCGGCGCAACAUUACAUGCGUGGCGGGCCGGAAAGUGGACCGCCGCGGGCAAUACCCGAUCGGGAAAGAGAUCUCUAUCAUAGGGCACCACCGGACAGUACAUUGUCGGCGCAGGUCUUAAUCGAUGCCAUCAUAAAACAAUCGAUCAUACAGGGCAGCUCAGAACCGAAUCCAGCGAGCAUGAAUCGGCCAUCAUAUUAUAACUCGCGUGAAUUGCCACCCUCAUCACGUCCUCAGCAUCCUUCUGCUGCUUCAUUGUCUGCUGCCGAAAAUAAUGGCAAGGCGAAUUCACCUAAUGUCAUCAACAUAGACUUGGAUAAUGAUCGCGCCGGCAGCAGUACCAAUCAGCACGAUUCGCCAAGCGUGAGUGUGAUGAAUUCACGUGGCAGCGGAGUUUCGCAUGGCAGUCGCAGUGGCUCGCAGGGCGGUCCACCGCCCGGCAGCUUAGCGCCACAACCAGGUGGCGCGCUGUUGCCACCCACCUCGCAGGCGCAGGCGCAAGCUCAAAACCAAAAGCAGUCGCAAAUGUUGAAAACGAACAUCACAUUCGGUGAGUUAGCGGACUCUAUUAUAGCAAACGAUUACUGCCCGAAUCCGAUGCAACUGCGUCCGCAUGUCAACUACAUGCCUUACCUGCAGGAACAGCAGCCGAUCGUGAUGACCGAUCAUUGGACCAAGUAUAAUCGUCGCAUGCAGCAUAAAGAAGUCGAAGCGGCAGUCGAGCGCAAUAAGGCAGCUGCCGCCCAGAAUAGCGGCGUCGGCGUUGCGGUUAACACCAGCGGAGUGGUCUCCGGACAGCCGGGUAAUAGCGGUGCGACGGGUGGCGGCAGCAGCAGCGGAGGACGCUCAAACACACCAGCGGACGAGCGCAACAUUAUACGCAUGCAGCAGACGGUGAGUCCGCGCAAGUAUGAUUUGAUGAUGCAGCCGCCACAUGAUCAGGCUGCCGCUGCAGCAGCCGCUGCGGUUGCUGCGAGUCAUUACUACCAUCCGCAUGGCCCACCGCCCUCGAGUGGGCCACCAUCUAUGAGCAUGCAUGCGCGCAGUGGUAGCGCUGGCAGUGGCGGAUCAUCUUCAAUUCCCUCGCCGCAUGAUCAGCGCAUGGCUGGCGGUGGUAGUGGCGGGACCGCUGGUGGUGGCAUGCCAACAAGUGGCUCUGUGACGCAAAACCAUCCAUUCGAUACAAUGAAGUAUGUGAAAAACCGUAUUGUGGAAGUGAUGCGCACCGAAGAUGAAGAGAUGCAACAUCAACAUUCGCACAAUGAUCAUCGCGGCGGCGGCGGAAAGGAUAUGCACGAUGGCCCAGUCGGCAGUACAAUGCGUAAAACCCCCAAUCAGUACGACGAUGGUCGUGAUGGUCGACGCGUGUCCGCUGUGUCGUCCAGUGGAGGUGGCGGUGGAGGCAUUGGCAGCAGCAACAACAAUGACACGCACCACGGCUUAGUAUCCUCGCAGCCCCCACCAUUGGGCGCUUAUCAGCCCCAAACUCCGGUCACAACAUUCGCACCAACGACAUACGCCUACCCCUACAGUGCGUUGAAUGUGCCCAGCUCAGUGGCGGGAUUGCCACCGCCCUCACAAAUGACUUCGUCGCAGUUGGCUUCAUUGGCGCACCAGCCACCCAUAUCACACAUCGGCAAGCAGACGCCUGGGCAUGGCUUGGGUGGCGUUGGUGGCGGUGUUGGCGUUGGGAUGACGGCAGCAGGGGCCGUCUCCGCAGUAGCACAAUCGAGUGGUGCAUCGGCGAUGGAGCCAAAACCGUUAUUGUCAGCGCAAUAUGAGGCACUCAGCGACGAGGAUUAGUUGUGACUGCAGGCGUCUG